CCUCGCAGUCUGAUUGGUUGCGUUCACUGGAAGCGACACGUCGCUGUGUUCUGCUGCGCAUGCGCCGUGCAGCGUUGAGGACUUGGGCACUCGCAGAGUGACAGCGCUCGAGAUGGCUGUCAAGCAAGAGACCGUGGGCACCCAGGGGCUACCAACCAUGGAGACCGUCAGACAAGUGCUGCUGGAGCAGGAUCCCACCGUGCUGUCCGUUGUCGUGGCCCUGGUGGUCGUGCUGAUAAGCCUGUUACUGUGGAAGCUGCUGAAAAGAAGUCGGACAAGUCGAAGAGCUGUACUCCUCCUCGGUGUUUGUGAUUCAGGAAAAACGCUCAUCUUGAGCAGGCUGUUAACAGGAAAGUACAAGAUGACACAGAUGUCUAUUAGUGCCCUGUCUGCUACUUACAGAGUAAAAAGUGACAAGGGGCCCAGUUUGACUUUGGUUGAUAUUCCUGGAUAUGAAAGUCUGAGACUUCACUUCUUGGAACAAUAUAAAGCAGCUGCCAGGGGCCUGCUAUUUGUGGUGGACAGCUCUGCAUUCCAGCGGGAGGUGAAAGAGGUUGCAGAACUCCUAUAUCAGCUUCUAACCGACGGCGCUGUGCUUGAAAAUACUCUACCUGUACUUAUCGCAUGCAAUAAGCAAGACAUCUCCAUGGCCAAAUCUGCCAAAUUAAUACAGCAGCAGUUGGAGAAGGAGCUCAACACACUCCGUGUAACCCGUUCAGCGGCUCCUAGCACUCUGGACAGCAGCAGCUCCUCGACUAUUCACCAACUUGGCAAGAAGGGCAAAGACUUUGACUUCUCCCAGUUGCCUAUGAAGGUUGAAUUUGUGGAAUGCAGUGCAUGGGACAGUAAGAAGGAGGAGAGCGAUGCCAACCUCAGCAGUGUUGAAGACUGGCUGGCCAGGCUUGCAUAACUGGUGUUCUCGAUUGUGGCACUUGGUUAGAAAGGGAUUUUGUCACUGAUGGGCACCUUUUGAUAAUAAAGCAGCCAGACAAUUAAGCCUGGCAUGUCUCUGAGACCCAUCAGUAGGGACAGCUGGAUAUGUUUGCUGCUGAUUCAUGGCACUCCCUAUAACUGGAAUAGACUUUGACUUGCGUUUUCCAUCUUAUAAGCUUCUGACAUACAGGACAGUGUUACAUUGCAGCUUCCGGAGAGCCUUUUUGCUGCCAAAAGGGUUUUCCAUGUUCCCAUUGUGUUUCUAUAUUGGAUUAUCCCAAUGUAUUUCUAUGUGCAAAAAUAAAGUUAAGAUUUACGAUUG